AUGACUUCGCAGCCAUCAACGGUAACACUUGUAUCAGAGUGCUUAAUCAAACCGUUGCACGACCUCUCACCAGAGCCAAAGGAGCCUCUCUAUUUCACAGCCAACGAGCUUCUCCGCCUCAACUUUAGAUACACCCAACAAGGUCUCCUUUUCGCAAAACCAUCAUCACCCGAAAAUAAAGAUUUCUCCAAAACGUCUUACUUGGAUGACCUCAAACACUCUUUGUCAGCAACACUCACUCAUUUUCACCCGCUUGCAGCCCGUUUAGCAACUCGAAUACAAGAUAGCCCAGCUUCAUAUGUCAUCUAUUUAGACCCUGAGAACAGCCCAGGGGUCAAGUUUAUUUACGCAAAGACAGACACCACUAUAUCAGAUGUACUCAGCCCUACGUAUGUACCAUUGAUCGUUGAUUCGUUUUUUGACCUCAACGAUGCUAUUAGUCAUGAUGGUCAUACAUUGCCUUUUUUGUCUAUUAAGGUGACUGAGCUAACCGAUGGGAUCUUCAUUGGUGUCUCGGUUACCCACCUUUUCGUGGACGGAACAUCUCUCUGGCAUUUCAUGUCUUCUUGGAGUGAACUUUUUAAAUCUAAAGAUCAAAUUGGCAUUAUUUCACGCCCACCAGUAAUCAAGAGAGGUUCCGAUCUUAUUCGGAAUCUUCCGUUCACACACCAAGAUCAAUUUAUUGAACGACCCGAACAAAUGCCUAAUCUAGUACUCAAGAGGUUUUUCAGUUUCUCAUCUGCUUCGGUAGCAAGGCUUAAGAAAAAAGCAAAUGCUGAAUCCGAUACGCAAAAGAUUUCUAGUUUAAAAGCAUUGUCCGCUCUUUUAUGGAGGUGUGUAACUCGAGCACGACGCCUACCAGCAGAUAGUGACACAUUUUGUACACUUCCUGUUAAUAACCGGCCCAGGAUGAAUCCGCCUUUAUCUGAGGAUUAUCUUGGCUGCCCCAUUGAUGUAGUAUGCGGGACAACAACUGUAAAAGAUUUAAUGACAAAUGGGCUCGGAUGGGCUGCAAUGAAAUUAGAUGAAGCGGUUACAAACCACGACGAUGCAGCGGUAAAAAAAGGGAUGGAGAAAUGGAUUAGAAACCCAGUAGUGGUUAAAAUGAAUGGGUUGGACCGUUCGAACGUGGUGCGCGUUACGAACUCACCCAGGUUUGAUAUUUACGGGUGUGAAUUCGGGCUAGGGAAACCCAUAACGGUUAGAAGUGGGCUUGCUAACAAAGCGGACGGGAUAAUGAUAAUGUAUCCGGGUCCGGAGGGAGGCGGGAGCGUAGAUGUAGAGAUUUGUUUAUUGCCCGAUGCCAUAAUGGAUCUUGAGCGUGACGAGGAGUUCAUAAGUGCUCUCAGUUCUGAGUAG